GACUCCACUUCUGUGACGUGAGUUAUUCAUAAACAACAUAGCUCGUGGGCUUUCUGUUACGGUAUCUGGUUGGUUUGUUUGUUUGUUUGCUUUAAAUAUGCUGAAAAAGAAACCAAGUGGUUCGGAAAAGAAAAGGAAACACUCGCACUCCGAAGAACGACAGAACAGCAACAAACGCCGCAGCUCAGAGUCACAAAUAGAGGACUCCAAAGAUGAGCUCGCCGACCCCGAGCUGGACCGGGUCGGCAGCGACAUCGAGGAAGGCGGUCUCGACCUCAGCGUGCCCUUCCAGCCAAUCAAAGCUUACAUCAGCAACAAGCGGGAGAUGCUGCAGCAGUGCUUCCACGUGUUGGGGGAGAAGAAGGUCCGGAAGAUGCUCCCCGAUGAGCUCAAGGACUGCAGUUUAGAAGAAAUCAAAACUCUCUGUUGGGAGCAGCUGGAACCAAUCUCAGAGAAAAGUCUCACUCAAAUUUUAGCAGGAGAAGAGAUAGCAGCCGGAAACAGUGAUGGAGGGACUUUAGAGAACCAACAGGAUAACAAUGUUGACUCCACUUCCUGCUUGAAAGAAAGCGCUAAAACCGAUGAUGUAAAACAAGCAGAGGGAGGUGGCUCUGGCGAGGAGAGUGACGUCCUGAGCAUAAACGCAGACGCUUACGACAGCGACAUCGAGGGGCCGAAGGAGGAGCAGGCUGUCAAAGCCGACGAGGUGGUCGCAAAACCGGACAACAGCGGCGGUGAGCGAUCUGACCGGGCCUCCGUAAACCCCAAGCCGGCAGCUCUAGAGACUAAGAAGGACAUUCAGAGUGACAUAGACAAAAGCGUCAGCGAAAUCUUGGCUCUCUCUUCAACAUCGAGUAAAGAGGAAGCAGUGGAAGCGAGCAGCGGGACGUUGCAGCCCGCGGGCAUCGAAGUAGCCGCUCAAGGCGGAGCUUCAGUUUGUUCGCCGUCGAUCCAACAGCUGGAGCUGCUGGAGCUGGAGAUGAGGGCAAGGGCCAUAAAGGCUCUGAUGAAAGCUGGAGACAAGAAAAAACUUUGUAUGACAAACGACAUUUAGCCUGUUUUGCUGAAAGUUGUAUUUAAUUCUUUCUAUGUAGAACUUUUCACAUUUGACUUGAAAUGAAGUCAUAUGAUGUUAGUUAUUUUAAGACAUUACGGAAUGUCUCCAUCAUUAAAAUAUUGUUGUUUUGCAUAUAAUAGUUAUAAAAUGCGCUAUGGGGUCAGAGUUCCUGUGCGGCUUGGAAAAGUCUGGAAUUUAUUCGCAGGUUUUCUGAGUCUGGAUUUCUAUGGAAAAAGAAAAUGGAGCAUGGAAAAAUACUGCUUGCAGAUUUUGUUUCUCCAUGCCAUUCUUUAGUAAUUUUCUCUAUUCGUUCCUUCUUUCUUUUCAUCUCUACUUCCUUCUACUUUUGUUUUCCUUUUUCUCUCAUCACCCCCAUUUCUUCUUUCCUUUUGUGUCUAUUCAUGUCUGCCUUUCUUUAUUUUUCCUUCCUUCUUCUCUGCCAUCAACCCUGUUUAUUUUAUUUUCUUCCAUAUAUCUUGUUGCUUCCAAGACCUUCCUUUCUUUUACCUUUUCCAUCCUUGUUUGCUCCCUUUUUUCUUUCAUGCAUUCCUACUUUCACGUAUCAUUUUCUUCGUUUUUGCCUUUCUUCCUCGCUGCCUCACUUUCUUGUUCCCUACUCGAAAAACAAAGAAAGUAGACUUGACUUCUUCCAUUAAUCCUUAACGCCUUUCUGUCUGUUCUUCCUUUUUUCCAUUCUUUUCUUUCCUCAUACAUCAUUGUGUCUUAUUUACUUCUUUCUUUAUUUCUUUCCUUUUUCUGCCUUGUUUUUCUUCCUUCCUUUGUCAAUUCAUAGUGAACUUUUUUAUUUAUACUUGAAAAGAAGUGUAAAAAUUAGAAUUUGACAAAUUUCAGCCAGGAAAAGUGUUUGUUUUAAAGAAGACAAGUGGUCAUUUCCCUUUACGGUCACUAGAUGGCAGUGGCACUCUGUCCCUGAACAGUGCAGGGUCGCUUGACUGCAGUAAUCUGUGCAGAGGACAGCCACUGUACAGAUUUUAGUGCCUCAUGUUACAGUGAUACUGCAGCUCCCAUUUAGCCAGCAUUAGAACUGAACAUUACUGGGAGCAGCUAUUUGGAGUAGUCUGUUGGAGUAUUUAGACCCAGGUCAAAGUUUUCACACUAAAACCACAGAGUUUUAGUGCCUCUUUAAGUCUAAUUCUGAUUUCUAAAGUUGUUUGAAUUCACGCCAUCCUUUCAUUCAAAAGGUUUUCUGUCAGUUUGAGAAAGAGUUGCUUUGUCUGAAUAUCAAUUGUUCAGUGUUUGUAUGAGACUACACUUUCAGAGUGAAAUAUCCCUGCACCCUGCCGCCGCCCCUGCAGCACUCAAUGAAAUGUGCAGUAAGAACCCAGUUGCCUCUUCAAGCUAUUUGCAUUUAAAAGGUUUAUUUCAUGGUAGAGGUGAGGGUGGGAGGGUUAAAUGUGCCAUUUUCUGUGUAUUUAUCCAAAGGUGUCUUAGCGUUCCCCAAGGAUAGAAAAAAAAAAAGUCUACUUUGGUAAAGACGUCGAGAUGCUUGUUACCUCUGCGUCUCGUGUCCUUAUACCAACAUUAGAAGGCCAAUUACGAUCCAGUUGGUAUGAAUAAAACAUCACCCCACAACAUGCUUAUAGGCUGAAAAAUAGUUAAUACUUUCUGAAUUCAGACGAACCCUAUGAUCCAUGUUAAAAUAUUGAGCCCCAGCAUUUUCAAGGUGAAAAGAAGGUCAUACUUACAGAACGAGAACAGUUCAUCUGUUUUGACGACACCUUUUAUUCAAAUUGGCAUUCGGACCAAGGUCCUCUGACAGUGAGGAUUUUUUUCAAUUACCCUGUCGUUGUUAAGGUCAGUAUUUUACAGAUGCUUUAUUCUCCACGUAUUAAAAUGUUUAAUAUCACAAAUCUGAAAUAUGAAACUCAAGUCUGCUAGGUUUGUUUAGCUAAUGUCUAUUUAGGAUAAUCAACAGAAUUGGCAUAGGUGUCUUCAUUAAGCGAAAGAAAGAUUGAGUUAAUGCAUAAGAUUCAUUGUUCCUGUUGAAUGUUUUUCAGUUGAUGCAAUCUGACGGGUUUUGAAAAGCACAUGUUCAGAAGUCACAACAGGAAAAUUCAGAGAUCCUGUACUUCUUUUUAGUGAUUAUAUACAAAUGUUUGACAUAAUUAAAAUCUUUCGAGUUGGACAAGUUGAAACAGAAAUGGUGCUAUCUUAUGAUCUCAAUGUUUGCUGCAUCUUAAAGGCUGGGUAAUGUCAGAGCUUCGACACAGCCUGCUUAUAUCACAUAUUUUUAACUUCGUCUUACAUUACAGCCAGCUGAAACAGUUGGGUCCAUGCAGUGAGCAAUGCAAUAAUACAUCUGUCUGAAAACCACUUGUAGUGUUUGCGAAGCAGAAAAUAUAUUAAUUUUAAUGCCUCUACUGUUUCCACAUAAACCAGGAUAAAUGUUUGUGUUGUGCUCUUGUGGAAGAAAAAAAAAACAUCAUCAGCAAGUGACUUAACUUUUCUUCCUCACUGUUUUCUUCUGCAGUGGGAAAUUAAAUUGAACUAAAAGCAGAGUCUGACAGGCAAUAAAUAACUUAGCACCUCUGUAUGACUAAAUGAAUUGAUUUCCACAAGUGAUGACUCAUCGGACACAUUUCAUUUUCCUCAAGCUGCCAACAAAACAGAUUUCUUGCCAAGUUGGAAGUCGUGUUUUAUGUUGAAUUUACUUUGUUUUGAUUAAAUGUUUCAUUCAGUGACAA